AUGGGGGUGGGCUAUGAUCGUCUCGAUCGCACCGCGCUGGCGAAGAGGAAUGUCACGGUGUGCAACGUACCAGGUAUCGUACCCGUUUUCUUGCUGCUAUUACUGUCUCUCAAUUCGCCCGGCCAUAUUCUUUCCUCAUUGAAUCUCUCUCCCCGGAGGAAACUUGCUUAUACCGACAUCUCUUCAGAUUACGGUACCGGGGAGAUCGCGGACCACGCUCUCGCUUUGAUCCUCGGCUUGCGCCGCGGCAUUCUCUUACAUCACGAUCGCCAACGCCAGCCUUUUGUCUAUCCCUGGAUGCCGAUUGAGACGCCACUCGUGUCACGAAUACAGUCAGCGACCUUCGGAAUCAUCGGCCUUGGUCGCAUCGGUACCGCGGUGUGUCUAAGGGCCAAGGCGUUCGGCUGGAACGUCAUAUUCUAUGACCCCUAUGUGCCUAAUGGGAUCGACAAAGCGCUCGGGGUCGAACGGACGAAGGACAUCAACGAACUCUUCCGCCGAAGCACUGCGUUGAGUAUACAUUGCACGUGCACGCGAGAGACGAGAAACAUGAUAGGCUGGGAACACGUCUCGCUGAUGCCCAAGGGCUCAAUACUGGUUAACACCGCUCGAGGAGAGAUCCUACAGCUCGACGCCUUGGAGAGAGGGUUGAAAGAAGGAAUUCUAGCGGGGGCUGGGUUAGACGUCCUGCCCGAGGAACCUAUACCGCUGGACCGGGUGCAUCCCCUGAUACAGGCUUACAGAAAGCAGGAGGAAUGGCUGGUAGGUCGAUUGACAUUGACCUGUCACACGGCGUUCUAUAGCCCGCAGAGCUUCAUAGACAUCAGAGUGAAAAGUGCUCAGACCAUGAGGGAGGUGUUGAUUGACGGGUUGCAAAGCAACGUCGUAACGCCGGAUAUGUUGUAG